UUUUGAGUUUUUCUUUCAAUUCUUAAACUCAUCUAUUUCUCAUAUAUUGUCCAGCUAUGAGCAGCCUUAUUCGUCAGAUCCCCUCUGUUACUUCCAGUGGGUUAAUGCGGGCAUCUCCCGCUUAUGCUGCCCGUCGCACACUCGCAUCUACCAUGACUACUUCAUAUAACAACACUGCCCUCAACAUGAUGAUCGAUAAGAAUACCAAGGUUAUCUGUCAAGGUUUCACUGGAAAAAUGGGUACUCUUCACUCCAAGGCUGCUAUCGAAUAUGGCACAAGAAUGGUUGGAGGUACUUCUCCUUCAAAGGCUGGCACUACCCAUCUUGGACUGCCUGUGUUUGGCUCUGUCAAAGAGGCUGUCAGUGAAGUCAAGCCCGAUGCAUCUGUUAUCUAUGUUCCUCCUCCAGGUGCUGCUGCCGCUAUUAUUGAGGCGAUCCAAGCUGAAAUUCCCCUUGUUGUAUGCAUCACCGAGGGUAUUCCUCAGCAAGACAUGGUCAAGGUCAAGAAGAUUUUGUUGAACCAGAACAAGUCUCGUUUGAUCGGCCCCAACUGUCCUGGUAUUAUUAAGCCUGACCAGUGCAAGAUUGGCAUUAUGCCUGGUCACAUUCAUCGUCCUGGAAAAAUCGGCAUUGUAUCCAGAUCUGGUACUCUCACUUAUGAAGCUGUUGCCCAAACUACCGCUGCUGGUCUUGGUCAAACCCUUUGUGUUGGUAUUGGUGGCGAUCCCUUCAACGGCACCAACUUUGUCGACUGCCUCAAGGUGUUCCUUGCUGACCCUGAGACCGAGGGUAUUGUUCUAAUUGGCGAGAUUGGCGGUAGUGCCGAAGAAGACGCUGCCGAAUAUCUCAUGCAGCACAAUAUGUCUCGUAGCAAUCCUAAGCCUGUCGUUUCGUUUAUUGCAGGUCUAUCUGCUCCUCCAGGUCGUCGCAUGGGUCACGCCGGUGCCAUUAUUUCUGGUGGAAAGGGCAAGGCCGAGGACAAGGUUGCGGCUCUUCAAAGGGCUGGUGUCAUUGUUUCCCAAUCUCCUGCUAAACUUGGUUACUAUAUGAAAAAGGCUUUUGAUGAUCUUAAACUUGGGGCUUAAACUCAAAUGACAUGCUCCAUAUCAAGCAUAUUUUACUCUUGCUUAUUUCACCAACACUUGCGUUCUCAUUUUUCCCUAUCAUUCGAUCCACUGCAGCUUCUUACCCUAUAUUUCUCAUAUUCUAUCUCUGAAGUCUUAUUCUCAGCUUUUGGUAUUUUUGAAUAUUCAGUCUAUUCAUUUCUUCCGGGAGUGGGUAUCUUUAUGUUUUGUAUUUGCAGUAGACUUUAGAUUACCUUGAAUUCAUUUAUUCGAUUUUCCGUUUGUUUUACAGCCAUGUUCACGUAAAAUGCAACACUUUCCAGUAUUCAUCUCGUAUUGACUAUUUCUCUCCAGAAUAAACAAUGGUUGAAUAUUCGUUGUUAUUGG